AUGGGGUUGUCUACAUCAAACCUCAAGGCCAUCGUCAGCCUUUGCUUUUUGCUUUUUGCCGGCUUGGGCUCUGCCUUGCGAUUCGACCUUGCGGCGCAACACCACAGCAACGAGCGAUGCAUCCGCAACUUUGUCAACGGCGGACAACUCGUCGUCGUGACGGCGAUUGUGUCGGGCUCGAAAGGUGAUGGACAGGUUGUCAACAUGCACAUCAAAGAUGCCCUCGGCAACGAUUACGGCCGUCCCAAGGAUGUUGUUGGCGAGAACCGCCAGACUUUGACACCAGCCUCAGAUACCGCUUUUGACGUUUGUUUCGAGAACUUGAUUACCGAUGGCCGCCGCGCCGGAAACAGUCCGAGCCGUGAAAUCGAACUCGACAUUGAAAUCGGCGCCGACGCGCGCGACUGGUCCAGCAUUCAGGCGCAAGACAAGCUGAAGCCCGUCGAGACAGACCUGCGACGAAUCGAAGAGGUGGUCGCGGAGAUUGUCAAUGAAAUGGAAUACCUGCGUCAGCGCGAGCAAAAGUUGCGUGAUACCAAUGAGUCGACCAACGAGCGUGUGAAAUGGUUCGCCUUUGGGACUAUGGGUAUGUUGGUUGGAUUGGGUGCGUGGCAGGUUGUUUACCUGCGGGCUUAUUUCAGAUCGAAACACCUUAUCUAG